UUCUUCCUCAUUCAUCAAACCAUGGAGAGCAAAGAGAAGAACAUGGUUCCACCACCAUUUCAGACCCUACUCGAUGCAAGUGCUGGCGCGUCCCACGAACAACCAUCUUCUCCUCAUCAUGACUCUCACACCUUCUACACUAAACUCACUGACUUGUUGGACUCUUCUGGAUUCACUCUCAUUUUCAAUGUCCGAGAAACAUUGCUGGACUUGUACCUGUUUUACUUGGAGGUGACCAGAAGAGGAGGAUAUCACCAGGUUGGUCGAGAAAAGAAAUGGGGGGAAGUAGUCUUUGCCCUGAAAUUGGAAGGGAAUAGUGUAAAGUUAUGUGCUCAAGUUGAAAAGCUUUACGAACAUAUUCUCUACCAAUAUGAGCUAUUGUACUUCUACAGGUGUCCUACAAAUCAAGCUGGAUCUAGCAGCAGCAAAGGUCCACUUAAGAAGAAGCGGAAUUUAAUAGCUAGUUUACCACCUCGUAUAAUGGAUAUUGAAGAUGGUCAGAAGGCCACAGGGAUAUCCAAGGACUUAUCAUGCCACAUGACAGGGUUUGUGGAACAGCCUGUGUUUUUACUGCCACCCUCGAAUGACAAAGAGAUGAAGAGACGCCGCGGUGCUCCAAGUGGACGAAAGAAUGCAUAUCAGAUAUUCCUCAAGCAUGAAUGUGCUCGAUUGAAAACUUCUAAUCUGGCCUCAGAUGGUCAAAGAGUCCUACGUAUGGCUAUUGAUGCAUGGAGGAAUAUGUCUGAACUUGAGAAACAGCCAUAUGUGGAGGAAAGCAAGAAGAACAAGGAAGAAAUUAAGGAAGCAAUGAUUAGUCACAAUAAACAGCAGAGCAGCCAAGAUACUAGGGAGGAGAAGUGGCCUAGUACUCUGCGUGGUGAUUACCUUGUAACUUCACAACCUGAGGCAAAUGAAUCCCUUGUCAACAAAGCAACUGUUGGGUUAGCUCUUAAAAUGACCGAAAAAGCGCCAAGGGAUCCUUCAUUUCUAAUGGAAUGGGAUGGUUAUUGUGCACUAGAUUCACCAACUAGGGAAUCUCAGUAACUCCACUAGUCUAGUUAUAGGUGGGUUGUUUUUUUGGUCAGAGACCAUGACUAUGCAUCCAGCACUUUUCUCUUUUUAAUGACCAAGACCAAGCUGCAUGCUAUGUGUAUAUAUAAGGUUUCGAAACAGCUAAAGGCUUGGAAUAGUUGGAUCAUAGCAUCUUCUAACCCUAGAAAAGUAUGUACAUAUAUGUAUCAAAGCCUUGUAUGGUAACGCAAACUUAUGUUGGUGUAAUUCCUAUUGCAAACUACCUUUUUCUUGGGAUACAAAGACUACUGAUGGAGUCAUUUAUUGCGGGCCAUUCGGAUAGCUGACACUUGA